GGCGGCUCCCGGACAGUGUGAAGCGCUGCGCUGUCCCUGAUAUUUGCCCGGUAACCCCGGGAGCCGACGGGGAGACGGUGUUGGGGUUGGGCAAAUGAGUGGUUCGGCGCUGCUUCGGGUGCCGGUGCCCGAGGGAGGAGGAAAGGACGAAGAAGGGGAAGAGGAAGAGGGGGAGGAAGAGGAUGAAUUUAAAGUGCACCUGAUUCCCAGGUCCUCACCAACUCCGAGGAGGAGAGACAGGAGCUGUGAUGAGGCGGAGGACCCCUCCCUCAGCCGUAAAGUCCGCUUUGCAGACACCUGUGGGCUGGACCUGGUGCACCUGCAGUACUAUAGUCAAUUCGAACCUCUGGAGCCCCUGGGGACAGAGGAUGAGGAAGGAGAGCACCGGUUCAGCAUCCACCCAGACUUCGCCCUGCCCUCCUCACCCUGCCAGCUGCUGGAGCGGGUGGAGGAGCAUGGUGUAGAGCUGGAGUCCAUCCAGACGCUAGAUGACCCGCUGUCGGUGCGUGGACUGGUCCGGGUGCUGAACCUGGCCUUCCAGAAGACGGUGCAGGUGAGGGCCACCCUGGAUGACUGGGCCACCUUCUAUGACCACCCGGCUGAGCACGUGGAGACGGCGGCAGAUGGCCACACCGACCUCUUCGCAUUCGUCUUGUCCUUCCCCUGGCCCUGUGCCCGCCCUGGGGCCAGGCUGGACUUUGUUGUGCGCUACCAGACCCCUGGCAAUGUCUACUGGGCCAAUAACGGGGGUGCCAACUACUCAUUGGUAUGCGAGGUCGAGGGGGUUGAGGAGAAGGGGCCUCUUUGUGCUACCAGCCAGGAGGGCAGGGGGCUACGCAGCUGCCUGAAGACCACUUCGCUCAGGUACGGAGAGCGGGAUGAGGACCCAGAGGAGCUGAACGCAGGAAAUCGUGACUGGACCAAUGACUCUGAGACGGCUAACCCCCCUCCUCCUGGGAACACUGCCCUACAGAUUCCCAGGGUACAGGUCAGCCAGCUCCUGACUCAACCCCUCCCAGACGGAGCAACGGAGAGCACCAACCUGCCCAACAACUUUGCCCCUGCUGAAGAGGAGCAGGAGCUGGAGGCGGGGCGCGGACCCCUGGCCAAGCAGCCUGAUCCCCAAGGGCCAAUCAGCGAGCCACGGGGCAGUGGGGCAGGCACUCCAGGAGAGCAGAAGGACGGCAGCAAUGGGAGUGGUCUCUCCGGAGUCGAGGAGUGGUCCCCGAUUGGGGUCCCGGGAACUCCACCCCACUCUCCCCCUGCAGGAACAGACUUUGGCAGAGGGGAGUGGCUGGGAGAGUGGAGGAACAGCAGUGACGAUGGCAGUGAUCUCCUUGGAGCCGAGGAGUGGGUUCAAAUGGGAGUCCCGGAACCCCCACCCUCCUCUCCCCUCGAGGGAGUAAGCUGUGGUGGAGGAGAGUGGUCGGGAGAGGAGAUGGGAAGCCAUUUGGAACCAGGAGGCGAACCCUCUGCCCCCUCCCCUCCUCCCUCUGCCCCCUCACCUCCUCCCACUCCCCAUUCCCCCCCUCCCUCUCCUUGUUCCCCUCCUCUCUUUCCUCCUCCCCUGCAGCCGGAAGGAGUGGCCCAGGAAGAGGAACAUCCCGAGGGGGAGGGCGAAACAGGGAGCGGAUGGCAGGAGGCCAUGUCCAGGGAGCAGGGGAGUCCUGAGGGUGAAGGUGAUAUGGCAGGACAGCCAGAGGCCAGAGCUGGGGAACUCGAUUCCGGGGAGCAGCCUGACCUGCAGUCCCUGGCGGCGCUGAAGGAAGUGGCUGCUCUCGCUUCCCGCUCUCUCCAGGUACUGAUCUUCCUGAGGGUGGCCGUGGACAGUGCAGGCUCCCUGCUCUGCUGCACCCUGUAUCUACUCUCCACCUUCCUGCCCUAGGACCACCCCCUCCUGGCACCGUGACACAGAUCACCUCCAGAGCACAGGUCUCUCCCUCCCCGCCAACUCCACCUCUCCCUCCCUCUUAAACCCAUCUUUCCUUCUUUUCACUCCCUCCCCCACCCACCCAGUCCUGCCCCAAUUGCCUCCUCUCUCUCCCUCCCUCUUCCCUACCUCCCUCACUCCACUCACCUUCUCCCCCCUCUUCUGUCUCCCCUCCUCCUCCACCUCACUCCUCCCAAAUUCAGUGCCUUUUGGAAGACUGCGAAGACUCCUUCCACCCCACAAAAUGCUGAUCCCCGUCCGACAGAUCCUCCCCUCCCCGAUCUCCUCUCUACCCUUGGAGUCACCAACCCCUCCCACUCCCUUCCCAAAGUCCCAUCCAUGGGUUUUUCCGUGAAUGUGGGCGAAAAGAAACACAGUUCGAAUCCUGCUCCGGACAAACAAUGGGGAUAGGGACCCUCUCAUUGGAGAUGCCCCUUCCCCAGACUUGCUGGUAUGUAGGUAGGGAAGUGGGGCUUUGUUGGAGGACCCAUCAGCCUUGCUAAUAUCCCCUACCACCUUGUUUGGAUCUUGAGACACAUCUGCCAGCUCCCACCCCAGCCCUCUUUAACUUGUUCUCACCAAGGCGUGAGUCGCCUUCUGCUGCGGAAACAGGGAGCGGCUAGUCCCGUUUCCCUCCCCCUUCUUGAGGGCAGUCAGGCAGGAAUCAGGGAGACUCCCAUGGGGAGAGCACUUGGAGAGAUGGGGGGAGAGGGAGGGUUGCUCAUGACUAUGAGAGGGAUGGAUGGGGAGGCCAGCGUAUAAACUCCCUGCACAACAUUGGCCUCAAUGCUACCCCACCCUCAGCAGACCCCAAAUAUUUUCACGCCAGCCCACUGUGUGUUAAUGUGUGUGUAUAUACUGUAUGUGGGUAAGUGUGUGUGUGAGUGUGUGUCCCAUGAAACCUGUACCAUUUUAACCAAAGGUAAAUAAAACGUUGGCAGAUAAUCUGGUAUCCUGACUGUUUGUCACCACCCCAUCUGCUCUUAAUCAAUCCCCACACUUCCCUGUGUUACAUCUUCCUUAAAUACUGACCAGACUCGCAGUCUCUGGUUCCCUGAACCUUUCACUGUGUCUGAUACCUGUCUACACACCGUUAAACGUAAUGUACCAAGCAGGGGCUUUCACUGUCCGGUCACCCCAGGGUUUGGGGGGGGAAUCAGCUAACGUUCCUGUACCCCAUCACUGCCCAGCAACCCCUGCUGCACUGGGAACGUAGGUGUCUAUAUCUAAGAUCACAUUCACGCGUUAUUUAUGAUCAGCAUGGUUACACUAAAAAAGAAAUCACGAUUGAAUCGAUGUAAGAAGG